ACUUUUUCAUUCCAUAUUCUAUUGUAUCAAAAUUAGGGUGGCAAUGGCACCAAUGGUCCCUCAUCCUCUGCUCCACUGACUCGUUCUCCUGCUCUCUCCAGUCUCCACCCCGUGCUCGCCGAUCCUCGCCCUGGUGCUUCCACCGACCACCGCGUCAGUUCAGCCGGAGCCGAGUUCUCUACCGACGCUUGCGCGCUGGGUUAAAAAUUGGGUCUUCGAAGGAGACAACAACAUGCUGCAAGUAAUUUAAGGUUCAUUACAGUGACGCUCCCUAAACAAGUGUUGCAGUGAAGUGCGCUAUCUGACUCACCCUCAUCCCGGAAUACUUUGAGCUUUCAAACUAUCGGUGCUUGCAAAAAUGCAAUAUUGCAAUUUCACCCCUAUUUCUCCGUGACCAGCUCCUUCAUCAUCUUUGCUGCUACUUCUGAAACCGACAUCUCUGGAGGAGUCUGAGAGCAUUUGGCCAACAGUUUUCUGAUUGGACAUGGCGGAUUUUCUGACCUCUACCCACCGUGCCAAGUGGAUCUUCACUCCUCAACAGUUGGUUGAAAAAUAUAGAGAUGCUAGUCAGAGAGCCAUACAAACUUUAGAGAAGUGUGGAGCAACUCUGAUGGAAGUAGAUAGUGAUGGGACAAUGUCAUAUCCUGAACCUCAGAAUUCUGUGAAGGAUAAUGCUGAAAAGCAUUCUCGGUCAAAACCUCUCAGUAUUGAAGAAGAACAAUCUAUAAAAGUGUUUUAUGAAAACAAGCUACAAGAAGUUUGUAAAAAUUUCCACUUCCCUCAUAAGAUCCAGGCAACGGCCCUUAUCUAUUUUAAAAGGUUCUACCUGCACUGGUCAGUAAUGGAACAUCAGCCAAAACAUAUAAUGUUGACCUGCAUAUAUGCUGCUUGUAAGAUAGAAGAAAACCAUGUCUCUGCUGAGGAGCUUGGUAAAGGGAUCUCACAGGAUCAUCAAAUGAUUCUCAAUAAUGAGAUGAUAGUUUAUCAGAGUUUGGAAUUUGAUCUUAUUGUUUAUGCACCAUAUCGUUCACUUGAAGGUUUUAUGGAUGAUAUGGAGGACUUUUGCAAUGCUAGCGAGGACCAGCUUCAAAUGUUGAAGAGAUUACAAGACACAGCUAGAUUGGAAAUUGAUAAAAUGAUGCUUACAGAUGCACCACUUUUAUUUCCUCCUGCGCAGUUGGCUUUAGCUGCUUUGCGCAGUUCAGUUGCACUCCAUCAAGUUAUUGACUUUGACAGUUAUCUGAGCAGUUUAUUUUCUCGUCAAAACUCCACACAUACAAUGUCCGAGCUUAUUGAAGCACUUAACACAAUUGAUUCUUUGGUUAUGAAAUACAAAUUUCCUUCAGAUAAAGAAUUGAAACAUAUCAAUAGGAAACUGAAGUCUUGUUGGGGUCAAAGCUCUCAUGACGAGGGAAAGAAGCGAGAGAAGAAAUCAAAGCACAAGUCGAAAAAGAGCUCGAGUGAAGCACACAAUGCGCCGCCUCCUGCCUAGGUUUAUGUUUCCCUUCAGUCUAGCUAUCCGGUUUCUGAUUUUUCGGUAGGGAAUGGUUUUAGCUGUUUGAAAAUGAAAGUUGACAUGGUAUUAAGGGAAGGGAAACAAUGAAAAACUGACGCAGGCGUCUAGUGAGUCUGAUUUUGUAAUUUUUGUUGCAUACGCAUGUCCCUGAGUUGGGGUUCAUAUGCAUUCUUUCAAAUAAUAUGGUGUUUGAAAUUCUUCAAUUCUUAAAUUCAUGCUUGAUGUUUAGAAUCCUUCAAUACUGAGGUUGCAAUGUUUCACUCCUAGAGAUGAUUGGACUUAAUGGUCGAUUUUGUAUCUUUAACAUGCUGAAUCAUACUGGAGCCUUUUGUAAUGACUAAGCUGCAUAUUUGGUCAUAAAAAUUAUUUUGCUGAAAA